AGGCAGAAAUACCAAACAUGUGUCUCUGCGGCCUUGAGACUUCACAGGGCUCCGACUGCCGCACUCAGCUCGGUAAACACAGUUUCCUCCUGUGGCUCUCUGUUUGGACAGGAAACAAGGAAGCUGAUCAAACACUGGCUCAGAAGGCCAUGGCUGCACUGAGCUGAAAUAAAGUUGCAGAUCAAAUAUGGAGAAAGCUUAGGGGCCGUUUGGGGAGUUCAGCACCUUGGACAGGGACCGGACCCAGAGGAGCGAUCAAGUCGGGACUAAAGCCUGAGUUUGUUUGUUUGUUUAGAAAAGAUCGAGGAGUUUUUGGAGUUAUGGAGAGAUGCGACUCCCACAUAUGGAAAUCUAAGCGCACGUCUGUAACCAUGAAAGCCUCCGUUUAGAGGAAUGUUCAGGAAGAUCAAUAAUGUGUUCCGUCCCAACCAUCACGGGCACAGAGGGCGGGAUGGUGGCGGAGGGCUUCGGGCCGAGCAGGACUACCACAAAGCCUGUACCGUCCGGCUGGUCCGCAGCACCUCCAUGCUCGUGGUGGGCGAGAGAACUCACAUGGCCGCGGGCUCCACUUUAAAACGGAGCAAGAGCACAGUGAGCAUCGAGUCGACCAUGUACUAUUAUCAGAGGCAGGAGGACAGGAUAUGGCUUUACUCGCAGAACCAGAACUGCCUGGAGUACCUGGAAGCACUCGUGGCUCUGAGGAGACAGUACACGAAGAGCGUGAGUGACUUGAAAAGCAACGAUGCUAAGGCCACGGUGUCCUCCAAAAAGAAAGCUGCGCCCCCGCCGCCGGAGAAGACAGAACGGGUAUCAAGAGCCAAACCCUCAGCCCCUCCGGUUCCCACCGAGGAGGACAGUCUGGAGUUCUUUGAUGCGGUCAUCGCCAGCUGCGACAACGAACCUCCACGCAAACCUUACACGGACGAUGGGCACGCAGACGUGGAUUUCAUUGUGGCCUCCAGCUCGGCCGAACACGACCUCCACUCCAACUGGGUCUUGCGGGUUCCCCGGGUCGCGGAUGACUCCAAGCAGAGUGCGGCUCACGACUGUGCCAACAAAAGCGUCCGGAAGAAGAAAAACCAGAGCGGGUCCACAAGCAGCCGACUGCGACUUCAGAGGAACCCGAUCCACCUGCCCAAAGUGGUGGAGAGUGCAUUCCAGACUCUGCGCUUCAAGCCCAAAUUAAAAAAGCAGUGAAGCUUGAUGGACAUUUGAAACCAGCAUCACUGCCACACCACUGACUCAAGAGGCUCAGCUCAGCUAAGAUAGUCCCAUCCUCUGCAAAAAAGAUCUGAAUGAUUAACAUUUUCUUUUCUUAAAUAAAGAAAAUGGCAUUAAUCUGUCUGUCUGACGAAAUAAAUCCAACUCCUGCUGGUCCAAAAUGCGUCUCCUCAGCAGUACUUUAAUCACAAUAAGGCACAAGUGCUGCCAAUCACAUUUAAUAGACUGUCAAAGCCAACAUAAGGACCCUUAAACCGAAGCAGCUAAAUGGAUUGAGCCCUCAUUAACUACUAUUUACACAUAUGCUAUUCAAGACCUUUUCACUAUCAUUUGUUUGAAGAAGUUCUUGAGUUUCUUAAACAGAUUACCAUUAAUCUCAAAGGCUAUCAGAUUAGUUUCCAUGGAGCCGUGAUGUUACUUUUUUUGGUUCAUAAAGCGUAGCCUGAAAUUUAGGAAAAAAAAAAAGAAGAGAGAAAUCCUUAAUUUUGUCAACAUCUCAAGAUUACCUUCUCCCGUCUGCUAUAGAAUUUCUUUCAAGAGCUCUUUUGAAAUGAACUAAAUAGGAAAAAUGUUCAACAUUGUGAUGGAUGUGGAAUUUUGGCGGAGUACAGUUUACGGUUCAGAUCCGUGGAGAGAUCGCAUUCCUUCGAGGUAUCAAAGCCAACUGUAAAAUGCAACAAUGGCUCCUUUCAAGCUCAAAGUCGUACAGCGCGCGCGGAUGUCGGUUUCAUUUAAGAGUAGAGUUCAGAGAGGCAAAGUCCAAGGGCUGAACUGCCUGAAUAGCUCAAAAACCAGCAAGGCUUCCUGUAUAUUAUCACUGAUAUAGUGAAAAUGGCGUUAAACUCGAAGAGACCAAGAAAUAAUAAAUAAAAUAAUAAAUAAAUGAAAUGCCA